GGAAAAUGGUUAGCUAUAUUCCUGCACUGGCAGAAGUCUGUGUGCUGGACUGAUGGUGACUAUCAUUGUGGAGCUGUAACGACCUCUAGCGGACAUCGACUUACCAGGUUACUACGGCGACCUGCUGUAGAUGAGUAAGCUGCAUACGGUUUCCCGAGUAAAGGGAUUUAUUUUGGCGAAAGGAGACCGGAAGUCCCAUGUUGUAAACUCGUCUAACUCGACAGUGGUUGGAGGUUAUUAAAGCUGCGGACUGGAGUCAGACAAAAAUAAAAUCAACAGCAGCGGCCGCAGCAGCAGCAAGGGAUCUAGGAGAAAAAUGCGUGACACCGUGACGCCGAAGAAAGUGUCCCACAGCAGGAUGAGGGUGACAGAAGUGGAAGAGUUUCUGAGAGAACCUCCGGCAGGUUUCUCCGUGAAGGCUCUCGGCUCCGGUUACCGAGUCCACAGCGACCCGGAGAAGAGCCUGGUUCUCAUCGACGACUUCUUCUCCUGCAGAGGGAAAAUUGUUUUCGAGAACUCGCUGGGAAGGAAAGUUAAAAUGCACAAUUUAUGGGAGUACACCAGCAUGAGAAAGAGGCUGCUGUCCAAGAGGAUCUAUCUGCUCAUGUCUGCCUGCCAGGAAAACUUCUCAGUGACCAACAAGAAGGCAGCCAGGGAGGUCAGAGUGCUGAAGCAGUACGUGGUGUCCAUCGACGGCAAAGAUCCUUUAAUCAAGUGGCAGAUGGAGAAAGGCCUGGACUGGACCAUCUCUUCGGUCGCUGGGGAAAGCUACAGGGUGGACAUUGACUUGACUCAAGCACUGGACAGCUGGGCAGCAAAAAACCUCCACAUCAAAACCGACAAACUAAUAAAAGUCAAACCAGUCUGGAGAGAUGCCUCCUUCACCCUCAAAUACUACUCUGACGCCCUCUUUGAUUUCCCACACUGGUUCGGCUUCAGCAAAAGAAACUUUAAGUUGAGCCUGACCUGAGCCAGCAGUGGAUGAGGAGGUCGGAAAAGUCAAGUUUACCUGCUCAGUUUUUUGGUGGAAGCUCGGUCGGUUUCCUCAGGAAAAGGCUGAAAAAGGAGUUUCUUGUUCAACAGAUGAACGGUUUUAAUAGCAACCUGCCAGGUGAAGGACCAGCCUACCUCUGGGGACUGCAGUAACUCACUUAUAACGGCAGUUGGGUUCAAAUAUUUCUUCUGUUCAGUGGAUGGAAACUACUGACAGGGACUGACGAGGAAGUUCUGGAUUCUUCUGCAUGAAAAUUAGUAGGCAAAUUAUGUCUAACUCGAUUUGUAAACAUGUUUUUUGGUGUAACCACGCAUUUACCUCAUGAAUUACAACUUUUGUAUAAAGGGUUAAAGGGGUAAUAUCUGUGCUGCUGCAAAAUCAAAUGAUGGUGAGACUUUUGUACCAAUGAAUCAGCAUUUGUUGAUGAGACAUUUUUUAUUUUUUACCAAACUCAAAUACAAUAAAUGCUCUUUUACAAACACACACACAAAAAAGAA